CCUUUCAUCAUCAUCCUCACAUUUUAUGAUAUUUCAACACAAGUAGAUUAGAUAGCUAGAUAGAAUGUGGAUGAUGGGUUACAAUGAAGCUGACGACCUCAACACCUGCAACAAUGGCGCCAGAAAGUUAAGACCGCUUGUUCCAAGACCACCACCACCUCCCACCGUCUUCCACUCCACUCCUCAUCUUCUGGCAGCUGAACAAAACAAGAGGGAUUUUAAUUCACAGCAAAUGGUGGUGGUAAGCUCACGGUGGAAUCCGACGCCGGAGCAGUUGCAAACUUUAGAGGAGUUAUACCGACGAGGGACACGAACACCAUCUGCCGAUGAAAUCCAACACAUCACUGCACAGCUUCGCCGCUAUGGAAAGAUUGAAGGAAAGAAUGUUUUCUACUGGUUCCAGAAUCACAAGGCUCGAGAAAGACAGAAACGACGUCGUCAGCUUGAUAACUCUAUGAAUGAUCAUCAUCAAGCUCCAUUCUAUACCACCGAUAUCAGCACCAUCAAUCUUGAUCAAUCCAUACAACUGAAAGAUACAGAGGUCAACAGGACAUGCUAUGAAGUUGAAGAGACCAGAAACUGGGCAAUACCUACAUUUUCAGAGAAAAGUGUGUUAAGAGAAAGAACAGCAAAAGCAGAAUCUAGGAUGACGAGCGUAGCAGCAGAUCAUCAUGGAUGGAUACCUGUUGAACAAGAAGAAGCUGCAACUGAUGAUCUGCUACACCUACACCCAAGGAGGAAGACCUUCCCUCAAAGGAAUGCCACGUGGAAUCACAUGAUGCAGUUUUUGUCCUCUCCCCCUCCUCCUCCUCCUCCUCCCACCAACCAUAUACCCCCAUUCAACUCGGCCACCGUCUGCACCCUUGCCGCCGUUACCACCUCCACACCUUCAGCUUCCGAUACGUCAUCAACCCUUGUCGUUUCACCACCUCACAGUCAUAGAUAUCACCACCACCACCUUCCCGAUGAUAUGCACUCUUACCAGACCUUGGAGCUGUUUCCGGUGAACACCAACGGUCAGGGACCGGAACAUACAGACAAAUGUUUCCUUCCGACGAAUGACGUCAGCCUCGGUCCUCGGCAGUUCAUCGAGUUUCUUCCGUUGAAAAAUUAGUCAAAUACUUCAGAUGCUAACUAUGUCAUGUUAUUUACUAUCUGGCCCUUGUAGUUUUCACGUUUUUCUUUCUUUGUCACUGAACUUUUAAUAUUUCUAGUUGGGUCAUGAUACUUGUGACUUUUUCUUUCUAGCAAGUAGAAAAAGAAGCUAGCACACAACUUUCACAAA